CCAGGCGGGGCAGUUCAGCGCGUUACCGUAGUCGAAACAGUUUGCAAUCCCCGACAGUGUGCGGACAACAGCAACGUUAUGAGGAGCUAGCCAGGCCACGACAAUUCCUCAGACCAAAAACCUCUCGUUCAAUACUCGAGAAAACCCCCUUGGUACUGUAAUCGUAAUCGGAGCUGAAAGGUGGAACCUAGAACAAGAGAUAGAUAACAGCGCGGCGCACAAUGCUGAACACAUUCAGCUCGGUGAGGCAGUACCUCAAGUUCGAUAUUACGCGAGUGAUCAUCGACAAUAUUGUGUUCAAGCUGCACUAUCGCUGGACCUUUGUCAUCCUGCUGGUGGCCACACUGCUGAUCACAUCGCGCCAGUACAUUGGCGAGCAUAUCCAGUGCAUAUCCGAUGCUGUGAUUGCACCAGUGAUCAAUACCUUCUGUUUCUUUACGCCCACCUUUACUGUGGUGAAGCACUACAACAACACUGCCCUUAAGAAUGGUGAGAUCUUCUCGCCUGGCAUCGGACCGUUCAAUAAAAACGAGGAUCAAAUCAAGCGCCAUGGCUACUAUCAGUGGGUGCCGUUUGUGCUGUUCUUUCAGGCCCUCUGCUUCUAUGUGCCGCACUUUCUAUGGAAGAAGUGGGAGGGCGGACGGGUCAAGGCCUUGGUCUUUGGCCUGCGCAUGGUCGGUCUCACCAAGUACCUGAAGAAUGACAGUCUGCGGAUCGGCAAGCUGAAUAUACCAUCGAUGGCGGAGGCCGAUGAACGGAUAAAGGAUAUUCGUCGCACAAUGAUCGAUCGCAUGCGAUUGAAUCAGUCGUGGGGCGCACAUUUGGUAUUUGCCGAGGUGCUCAAUCUGGUAAAUCUGCUGUUGCAGAUCACCUGGACGAAUCGCUUUCUGGCCGGUGAGUUUCUCACGCUGGGUCCGAAGGCCGUGCACUCACGAUGGGUGGACGAGAUGAAUGCCUUGGAUGUGGUCUUCCCCAAGGUGACCAAGUGCAAGUUCUUCAAGUUUGGCGCCUCCGGAUCACUGCAGGAGCACGACACCCUCUGUGUGAUGGCCUUGAACAUCAUGAACGAGAAGAUCUAUGUGAUAUUGUGGUUCUGGUAUGCCUUCCUGCUGAUUGUCACAGUUUUGGGUCUCGUCUGGCGACUCCUAACGCUUUUCUUUUACAAAAACUUGACCUUUACCCGCUGGUCGCUGUACUGGGCCAAGCCGGGCAGAGUGGACGAGAACGAGAUCGCUGCGGUGAUCGACAAGUGCAACUUCUCCAACUGGAUGUUCCUCUUCUUUCUGCGCACCAACCUGUCGGAGUUCCUGUUCAAGAAGAUCAUCUAUCAUCUGGCCAGCGAGUUUCCCGAUCCCGAUCGCGACAACGACAUCAAUGCGUAUCGCGAUCGUGUACCCCACUAUCCGGACAUUAGUGGCCUGGACACAACGGAUUCGCCCCUGCUGCAUCUGCGCCAUUCGGCCAAUCCAUCCACGCCUACCCACCAGCUUCCAUCGACGUCAGGCAUAUCCACUAAACAGCCCGUCUGAACCUGAAGACGAACCAAAAUAAUUUAUUCACUUCGAUUAAAGCUAGGCAAUUAAUAAUUUCAAAUUCUGUUUUUUUUUUAUU